AUGGUAGUCGGGACAUUAUUUAACAAGAUGCGUGAAAGAAGAAGAUCUUCACGACGCAGCUCAAGAGGUUCCAGUAAUGGAUCGAUUGGAAUGGGUAUUGAAUGUUGUGGUAAAAUAAAAAUAUUAAUGCUUGGAGAUCACAACGUUGGCAAGUCUUCAAUAUGUUUCAGAUAUGUCGCAGAUAGCAUGCUUGGAACAAACAAAAUCAAAAAUGAAAACGAGGAAUUUGAAAGUAGCGUGUUUUUAGCGCCGCAGAAUAAGAAAGAAAAAGUAAGACAGUACGAACUAAAUCUGUCCAUUGCUGAUACGUUGUUCCGAAGACGGUCUGUAGAAAGAUAUAAACAAAAGAUUGUGGAAACUGACGCAUUUGUAUUGGUAUACUCAAAGGACAGCAGACAAAGCUAUAUAAAAUUGAUCGAUUUAAUAUCUGAUAUUCAUAAAAUAAAAAAGGUGAAAAUUCCCAUCAUCAUUUUAGGGAAUAAGAACGAUUUAAAACAAGCCAUAACGCACGUGCAAGAAAAGGGAGUGUUACGCGAUUACCCACACUUUGAUGUUUCUGCACAAGAGAAUGAUGGUAUACAAGAAGCUUUUAAAUUUCUUGUCAGACUUUCAGUUGAACAUGUGGUUGAAGAAUAA